AUGAACUCAUCUGUUUCCGGGAAUAAGCUAAAUUCAAUGUAUUGUUUUGACUUGAGCAACUCCUGUCCUAAGACCAACGUUACCCCAUCAAGAUUUUCAGCUAUGUGCAUUAUUAUGUCUGUGAUUAUAACAAUCACCAUUGUGGGAAAUCUAAUGGUGAUCAUUUCAGUUUCUCAUUUUAAACAGCUUCACAGUCCAACUAACUUUUUAAUUUUAUCCUUGGCAAUAACAGAUUUUCUUCUUGGACUGGUAAUAAUGCCUUAUAGCAUGGUCCGAUCAGCGACAUCUUGCUGGUAUUUUGGAGAUUUAUUCUGUAAACUACACAGUUGCUUAGAUAUGACUUUUUGCACAACUUCCAUACUUCAUCUAUUUUUUAUUUCUGUCGAUCGUUACUAUGCUGUGUGUCAACCGCUUCAUUAUUAUUCAAAGAUAACAAACCGUAUGAUAGAAGUUUAUUUAUUUGUUAGCUGGUCGGUUCCUUUUUUAUAUUCAGUUAGUCUUAUUGUGUCAAAUGUGCACAUGGAAGGAUUAAAUCAUUUUGUGGAGUCACACACCUGCAUUGGGUCUUGCUUUCUUAUACUGAAUAAGCUUUGGGCAACAGUUUCUUCAUCAUUUUGUUUUUUUGUUCCAGGUGCCAUGAUGAUAGGAAUCUAUAUCCAUAUAUUUUCUGUAGCACAAAAACAGGCAAGGAUGCUAGUGCUACACAAUCACCCGCAUUACCUGGGUACAAACACCAACAAGGCAUCUCUAAAGGUUGAAAGCAAAGCAGCAAAGACUUUAAGCUUAGUUAUGGGGGCAUUUUUAUUAUGUUGGCUCCCAUUUUCUAUUGUCACUGUAGUAGAUCCUUACCUUGAUUUCACAACAUCGGAUGAUUUGUAUAAUGCAGUUUUGUGGCUUGGUUAUUUUAAUUCUUCUCUUAAUCCCAUCAUCUAUGCUUUAUUUUAUCCAUGGUUUCAGAAAACCUUUAAAAUUAUUAUAACAGGCAAAUUAUUUAAUAAUGAUUUUUCUUCUUUCUGUGUUAGGUAG